AUGACCGAAAUCGCAAAAACUUCACGAACAAACAUCUUAUCCAAUAUUAACCAAUCGUUUAAAGUUGUUCGUCGUCAAAGGCAACGAAAAGCACGCCGUCACAGUGUUUUAAACCAAACGCUUGAUAAUUUUUACAACAUUUUACGUCGCACUCAAGCCGAUCAAACAGUGAAGUCUGCGAACAAUUGGGCUAAAGAAUAUGAAACUUACCGAAGAUCUGUUAUAUAUGAUGACGAAGAAAUCGUGGAAGAUUUGAAUAGAUAUUCGACUUAUGCUAUGGAUAGAG